CCCCUUUCCUCUCUUGUGAGCCUCCAUAAAUACUCGUAUUCUCCUUGCCCUAGUCCCUCUCUCUCUCUCUCUCUCUCUCUCUCUCUCCCGAUUCACACCGGCCCCUACGUUUGAAAGGUGCAGCUCAAAGGGGCUCUGUCGACUCUGAAACUGUUUAUGUGAUCAUGGGAAUUCAGAAGCCUGCAUGGUUGGAAGCCCUCUACGCGCAAAAGUUCUUUGUUGGGUGUUCCUACCACGAAACAGCAAAGAAGAAUGAGAAAAAUAUAUGCUGUUUGGAUUGUUGUACAAGUAUUUGCCCCCAUUGUUUGCCUUCACAUCGAUUCCAUCGACUUCUUCAGGUUCGUCGUUAUGUAUAUCAUGAUGUUGUCAGGCUCGAAGACCUUCAGAAGCUCAUAGACUGCUCCAACGUUCAGGCUUAUACAAUCAAUAGUGCCAAAGUUGUGUUUAUCAAGAAGAGACCUCAAAACAGGCAAUUUAAGGGGUCCGGGAACUAUUGCACUUCUUGUGACAGAAGCCUCCAAGAACCCUUUAUCCAUUGUUCUCUAGGGUGCAAGGUGGAUUUUGUGCUGAAGCACUGUAAGGACCUCUCUCCAUACCUGAGGACAUGCAAUUCUCUACAACUAAGCCCCGACUUCUUGAUCCCACAUGAAGACAUGGGAGACGAGGAGAUGACAAAUGAGACACCUCAUUCCACAAUUGUGGACUCAUGUGAGUACGAACCGAUGAUGAGCACGUCUUCGACGGGCUCAUCAGGAUCCGAGAAUAUGAGUCAUCUGGCAUACACUCAGAAUAAUAUCGUCAGGAAGAAAAGAAGCGGACUUUAUCUGUGUGCAAGAUCGGCUAAUAGGGUUUCUGAUCACGAGGAUAACAUGGGUACCAGCAUGAGUAGUAGAAGAAAGGGCAUCCCGCACAGAUCUCCUUUGUGUUAAUUAGACAAAACCAAAGAUCACAUCUUAUCAUCAUAUAUGACUAGUAUACAAUGGUUUUUAAUUUUAUUUGA